GGACUUAAACUGUAAUAAAAAUCUUUUUAUUAUUAUAAAUCAACGCACAGUUCUGGUACGGUACAAGAAAAAGAAACACGUCAGAUUACCACUUAAACUUCACAAUCAAUUUUGUGCUGCGUUGCUGCACUGCUUAAUCAAGCCCAUGUAUCCCUGUUCUUCAUAAAACUAGGGCUGAUCCACCAUGAAAGUGCAGCGUAUCCACCUUAUAAUUCCGUUGUUGGCGAUUCUUGUGGUGGCGGUACGCGGCGCAGUUGUUAGGGACCAGCUGACCGGUUUAAAUGCAGCGGAUCGACUUACAUUGUGCGAAAAAUUAGGCGACUCCAUCCCAGUUACAAUAAAGGCGGAGAGACUGUCGAUGUGCGCUCACAUAAUAAGUUUCCGUAUCCGUCAGUUUGGCCGCGAAAUGGCACGUCAGCUCGAAAUCCUCGAAGGUCAGGAGUCCCUUGACCGUCCCCUAGAAAGUCUCCCCAUCGCCACCAAACCCAGUACGCGCAAACCCGACCCGUGGUGGUGGAUGGAGCCCUGGUUCAUUGCGCUCGGCCCCACGGUGCGGAAGUUGUACAGAGAGAGCCCUCAGUCCGUCAGGAUCAUUACCAUGGUGUGCGUGGUUUGUACGUACACUGCUUUCCAGCCAGUGGUUGACUGCUUCAUGGAAGAUAUGGAACAAUGUGUAGGGAUUGAGAAAAAGAUCCAGCUUUGGGUGACAUGGUUAGCUCACAUAGCGCUUUUUACUCUGGGGCUUAACGUUAUCACGCAGUUUACUUAUGUUUCCGUAACGCUGGCUGAAAUGUACGUCGAAAAUUGGAAAAGCUAGUUGA